AGUUGUGCAGCAGCUGAGUUGUUCUGAGAUCAGUUCUGCCCCCCUGUGGGUAAAGUAACCAACGCAUGGGAGUGAGUACCCUGCCACCAAGGUUAGUCAUUAACCUUGUCUUCUCAGUCACUCAGGGCACCGAAGAAAGCGGACAGCAGCAUUCUGACCGAGGCAUGCUGCCGCUCCGCCGCCACAUCUCACCAUGGGCGACUGGAACCACUGUGAGCGCGAGCGGGCUUUGUCCAUAGAGGACGGCGUUACUGUGGUGUUUCAUAAAGUUGACAGCCAUGCCACAAACAACAGAGACGACGACGACAGUGGCGACGAUGAACGGACAACUGCCACGAUUCACUUGCAAAGUAACUGCCAUGUGUCGUGUGAUUACGAGGAUGGUGAUGCUGAGGAAGCGAGGGCGAAUUCACCGGAAGGCAGCACGAAGAAAACGUUGUGCCCACCGGCGUUUUGCGUCAGAGGCAAGCUCGCAUCCCGAGAAGGAAGCGCACUUACAGACUCAGAGAAACCAAAGAGAUGUCAAGGUCUGGGUUUGUUCUAUGCCUUCCUGGCCACCGUUUUCUUCUCCAUCAUUGCGCUCUUGGUGAAAACAAUCGAGGGAAUCCACGCCAUAGAGAUCAGCGCCAUACGCUGCUUCUUCCAGAUGCUCUUUACUAUGCCGUUACUCAUCUACCACAAGACAGGUUUCCUUGGUCCCAGAGACCAAAGGAUAUAUCUGGUGCUUCGAGGCUUCAUUGGUUCCAAUGCCAUGAUCCUGCUCUUCUAUGCUGUUCAGCAGAUGCCUCUAGCGGACGCCACCGUCAUCAUGUUCAGUAAUCCAGUCUUCACCUCCAUCCUGGCCUGGAUCUUCCUGAAGGAGAGAUGCACAAUCUGGGAUUGUGUCUUCACUGUCUUCACUAUCACUGGAGUCCUCCUCAUCGCAAGACCGCCAUUCCUAUUUGGCGAUCAUCGACGAACCAUUGAUGGCAACUACAAUAACCACAUCAAGGGAACUAUUGCUGCAUUUGCAGCUGCUAUUGGGGCUGCUUGUACAUUCGUUAUCCUUCGCAAGAUGGGGAAGAGCGUCCAUUACUACCUCUCCGUCUGGUACUACGCUGUCAUCGGCUUCCUCCAGUGCCUCAUCACCACAUCCGUCCUCGGAGAGUGGAAAAUCCCCAACUGUGGCCGCGACCGCUGGCUGCUGAUGCUGAUAGCUGUCCUGGGUAUCGCCGGACAGACCUUCCUCACAAAGGCCCUUCAGAUCGAGAAGGCUGGACCCGUGGCCCUGAUGAGGACGAUCGAUGUGGUGCUGGCAUUCAUCUUCCAAUUCAUCUUCCUCAACCGCGCACCGACCUUAUGGAGCCUCGGGGGGGCGCUGUGCGUGGUGGCGAGCACUAGCGGAGUAGCGUUUCGGAAGUGGUACGUCAACUCGCGCAAAAGCUGAGAAGAAGGAGCGAGAUAGAGUACUUUGGUAUUACCAUUUCUACUUUUUUCACCAUUUUAUGUUCUUGAUUAAUUCUGUAUUUUUACUUGUUACUUAGAUGCAAACCUGUGAGAGAGUUUAAGCUCUUUGGAAAUCAAGUAGAGGUCAGUUUUGAGUUGAUGAUUCAAUUCAAAACUGAAUGAUGAACAUCUAUGUUGAUUCCUGAGAGUCAACUUGUGUGACCUGGGUUAUGCAUUUAUUUGUGUGUACAUCUCUGAAAGAAUUAGGAGGAAGGAAACACUGUCAGGUUCUCUAGAGCAAGGGUUCCCAAAGUGGGGGUCGCGAUCUGCAUACUCAAGACAGUUUUCCUAUUUCCUCCUCAAUAUAGUAUGUACAAAUUAAGUGGGACUGAAAGUUGACUUUUACCAGAAGCAAGCGGUUAAAUUAAGGAUAUCCUCAGUCCCAUUUUAGAUUUGCUUCUAGCUGACUAAAAUAGCAAAAGACAAGACGUUUAUUGGGACCAGCCACACUGUGUUACAUAACUUUGCAAUAAUAAUAUGCUAAAAAAAAGAAUACUCCAUGACAUACUACACCAUGGAAUGAAUAUCUGCAAAGAGUACUUGUAGGGUCAAUCAGUCAAUAAGAAAAGGAAAUGCAAACCAAAAUGAAAUAGAAGCAUCUAAAUAUGCAUUUCUGUAUAGCAAACAAAACAUAUUAUUAGAAAGAUAUUGCAGAUAUAGAAAGAAAUAGAAACAAUUGAAAUAAAGGUUAGAAAGUUUUACUUGAAACAGUUUACUCAGGGAUUUCUUUUCUAUGUGCUUAUAAUGCCCCUAAUAUGAAUUACACCUGAAUCCAACCCAAUGCAAUUCUUGAAGAAAUUAUUCCAUUGUGUUUUUCUUCCGUUAUCCCUAUCUCCAUCUCCCCUAACAUAUUACAAGAAAAUAAGCUGAUAUCAACUGUUAUACAAUCCAAAGUUGAUAAUUUAUUAACAAUAUCUUUGAAGUGCCUUAAGUAGGGACCUCUAACCUCCAGCUUCCCUUAGUGGAGCUCCUCAGUCACCAGCAGCCUGCACUGGGCAGCUAUCAGGAGGUGGGAUUGUGAAAAGUAAAUAUGAAUAUGAAGUUAGGUUCUUACAACAAAGAAGAUCCAUCCCAAUAACUCGUGUUUAAAAAAAAAAAAAGAAAAGAUUUUAGAAAAAGUCUAACAGCAUUUUGAGGCACUUAUAAAGGCAUUGCUGUUAUCCUCACUCUGAAGUCUUCAUUAUCUCAUGUCAACUCUAUAGCACUUAAUGUCAUCUUGACCAAUCUAAUUAGUGUUCUAAAAAUAUAUCUUCCAUGAUGCACUUUGCUGCAGGGUAGAAAAAGUGUCAGUAACCUGCCACUAUGAUUCAACAAAUGAAGUGAGCAUCCAAACGGCUGCACGCAAGAAUUGCCAAAUAAUAACGUCCUUUAUAUUAGAGGCGAAUAAAUGAGAAAACCCUGCACCAAGUUCGUCAAGAAAUAAGAAAGCCGAUGUUGAGGUCUUUACAUCUCGCUUUUGUGAACUCAAAAUGGCAAUCUGUUAUUUUGUUCCAGGCAGAGGGUGUCUGUAGAUGCACGGGUUAUUUGAAUCUGGCUGAAACACAAGGAAAUGGACUCAAAAAUAGAAAAGAAAUGAAUGUAAUUGAAACAUUAAAAGCAAAAAAUGUAUUGGAUAUUGUGCUUAAAGCAAUGUUGUGUUUAUCUUUCGGCACUAAACGGUUGCCUCGGUGUCCUCGGAUGCUUUAAAGGUGAUCUUUAAGUGUUAUUGUUCGAAGGGAACCCAUGAAAAAACUUUAUUUGAAGUUAGAUGGGUUUCUAGCGCAGCAGUCUGUGUUUGUUUAAAAAAUGCUGUAUUUUUACACUACGCCGGUGGCAUAACAGAUUGUCUCCCCGUACAACUGCAGUUCUCUUGCUGGAAAGUUUAAUUGGGUGAAAUGUAGCUGGGAAAAGGAAGGAAAUAAUUGCUGCUAGACUGCUGGUUAAUAUCCUGCAGUUUCUUCCUUGCUGUUUUUUUUACAAACUGCUGUUCUGUUCUCGUGGUUCAAAAAUGAUGCCAACACUCCAAUUAUAGUUCCUCCUUUUUAUCUAGAACUCAUAAGCUGAGCUCAGUUUGAAAUAAGUCAAACAUUUAUUCCAAUAGGAAUAUUUAGAUUAACAUUGGUCCUAGGGGAUAACAGUGUGAUAUCUGAAAUCCAAGCAACGCACUCGAUGCCAUGCUGGAGAAAGACCUCUUCUAUGAGAGCUAAUUUGAUUUUAAUUUCCAUGUAAUUUUCUGUGGUUAUUAUAAUAAGAACAGAUAUUUUAUUUUAUUUUCAAAACCAAUAAAAAUACAUUCUUUUUACAGGUUAAAAUACAGUAAAAUGAUUAUUAAGCCUUCAUUAUUCAACAUCUAAUUAAUCUUUCAAGGGUUGAAUAGUAACAUCAUUCAAAGGUGUGAAAAA